CUAGUGUGUGUUAUUAUAGAGUGUGUGUUGCAGAGUGUGUGUAGCCUAGUGUGUGUUAUUAUAGAGUGUGUGUUGCAGAGUGUGUGUAGCCUAGUGUGUGUUAUGGAGAAGUAUGAGAACUUGGGUAUGGUCGGCGAGGGAAGCUACGGCAUGGUCAUGAAGUGUCGUCACAAGGAGAACGGGAGGAUCGUGGCCGUUAAGAAGUUUCUGGAGUCAGAGGACGACAAGACAGUCAAGAAGAUCGCUUUGAGAGAGAUCAAGAUGUUGAAGCAACUGCACCAUGAGAACCUAGUCAACCUGCUGGAGGUGUGGAAAAAGAGACGUCGCUGGUACCUGGUGUUUGAGUUUGUAGAACGUACGGUGCUAGAUGACCUAGAACAGAGUCCAACGGGACUAGACUACAGCCGCCUAAGAAGAUACGUCUACCAGAUACUACGGGCUAUCUCCUUCUGCCAUCAACACAAUAUCAUCCAUAGGGACAUCAAGCCAGAGAACAUCCUGGUAUCUCAGGGAGGGGUGGUCAAGCUGUGUGACUUCGGGUUCGCCAGGACAAUGGCUGCUCCAGGAGAGAAUUACACAGACUACGUAGCAACACGCUGGUAUAGGGCCCCAGAACUACUGGUGGGGGACACCAAGUACGGGAAGGCGGUAGAUGUGUGGGCUGCAGGCUGUCUCUUCGUAGAGAUGUUGACAGGAGAACCUCUGUUUCCUGGAGACUCUGACAUCGACCAGUUAUACCACAUCAUCAGGUGCUUUGGCAACCUGACCCCUCCCCACCAAGAGUUGUUCUAUAAGAACCCAGUGUUUUCAGGAGUCAGUCUACCGGAAGUGACAGAGACAGAGCCUCUACAACAACGAUAUCCCAAACUGUCCACUACCGCUACAGACCUUACACAGAGGUGUCUCCAGAUGGAUCCAGACAGGAGGUCACAGUGUUCUGAUCUGCUGCAGCACCAACUCUUCACUAACGAUGGCUUCCACCUCAGGUUUGUCCAGGAGUUGAAUGCUAAGAUCCAGAAGGAUCAGAAAGAGAACUCUCCCCUUCCCAAGAUGAACAAGACUACCAAAAAAGACAAGGAGGAAGUAGAGGAGAGGACUGGGAAGUACAAGGACUCCAGCAGUACAACAGUCAAAGUGAACGUCACCAAACCAGACGUCACCAAACUCUCCAAAGCUCCAACCACCACAGAGUCUAAACCCCUUGACCCGGACAAGACAAUAGAGUCAACCACUACUAUGACCACUACUGCAGCUGUUAAACCUGAGAAGGCUGACUGGACCACAGAGAGCCACGCGGUCGCGGUUCACCACGGUCGAACCACCACCGUGAGUCUGAGCAACACUAUCGCCAUCAAACCCAGAGUGGAAGAACCAGAGAGGACCGUAGAGGACCACGAUCCAACCGUAGGACCAACCCAGGACCAACCUCUACCUCUCAUCCCUCCCCUCUCACUCACCUUCACACAGACACCUUCACACAACCUACUGGCUGUCGUCGCCCAUGGCAACGGCAACCUGGGCGGAGUUGGGGUGGGGCCUCAGCCCGGAACACUCGGUCUGAGGUCAAUAGACAAGUCUAAAAGACACGUAAACAUUUUCAACAGAAUCUCACAGCAAUCUCUCUCCAGUCAUUUCACUGGCAAUCUGAUGGCUCAGCUCCUCUCUCUCCUCUAUCUCUUCUCUCUUCUUCUCUCUCUACUCUCUUUUCUCUGUCCUCUGCAGAUGAUAUCAGAGAAGAGUGUGAUCCACGAACGUUCCUUCCUGUCCGACCGCGAGCGUGACCGAGGAGACCGUGAGCGUAUGGCUACGGUUGGGAAGAGGAAGCCAGACAUUUUCUUCCCUGAACUAAGAACCUCUCUGCUGCCUGAGAUACGAGGGGCUGAAGGUAAACAGACUAAACCCACCAGGACCAGAAGAAGGAGAGACACAUCCCCUCUAUAGCCACAAUGGAUACACACCACUACAACACACUACAAUACACACCACUACACACUACAAUACACAUCACUACAACACACACCACUACAAUACACACCACUACAACA